AUACAACAUUAUACUAAGGAAAGGAAUUACAACCCCACAAAACAACUUACACAGCCUUCUUACAAAAAGAAACUGUUCAAAAAGUCUGGUUUCUUCUUUCUGAAAGUAUAGAUAAAAUAAAAGUUGUAGUCUAGGAUAAUUUUUCUAAAUUUCAAAUAGUGCAUUGUUUCACUAAAGGCGUAUUAGUCUAUUUAGGUAUGUGACAGAUCAAUCAGUAGGACCAUUGCAUUUGUGGCCAACUCACCAAUAUAUUAACAUAUAAGUGGCCUUUUGUCAGUUCUUGCCUACUUUAGCAACAAAACCAUCAAGCGAUUAAUACAGACAUCUAAUCAUCCACAGACUCAACUGCAAGCGACGAGAUUUUUUUUGAACAGCAAUAAGCUAGCAUCCAGAAUUUUCAAUUGAAAGCUACAAAGAAUUUCAGACGGCAACACAGAAGUUGAUCUAUCUUUUGUAGUUUGGGCAUGACAAAGUUUCUUCAUGUUAUUUCACCUUAGAUUCAAGUAUCCCAGCAUGCAUAAUGGAGACUGGACCUGAUAUAUCAGAAGCCGUUUCUUACAAUGGAAGAAUUUGUCAGGCUGAUGAAACAACAAGACAAGCAGAAAUGGUGAUUUCAGAUGACGAAAAGCAGCUUCAAAAAGGUGAAAAAAUUGAGGCUGUAGAAGAGGCAGGAAUAGAGAUAACAGAAGUGGAAGAGAUAAACAAAAAGGCAAUACCAGGUGACAAAAACCAUGACACAAUAAAUGUUACAGGAACUAGUUCACAGAUGGCAAAGACUGAAGAAGAAAACCUCAACAUUGAAGGGCAUGAAACUUUAAAGGAUGAGAGAGUCCAUGAUCAACAUGUUGAAGUAAUUUCAAAUCAACAGGCUUCCAUUGAAGAAAUCCCACAAAGUACAGAGAGAGAGAUGAAGGAUGCACAGAAAGAAGAGGAAAGAGAGACAGUGGUGGACAAAGAUGAUUUGGUAGAAUCAAGUGAAGAAGUUAUCAGCAUACUUGAGGCAACCGCAGUUCAAACUAGUAAAGCUUCAGUUCAUACCAAAGAUUUGACAGUCAACAACUUAAAAAAGGAUGUUGAAACAGUGACAGACCUAUGUACCAAAGAUGAAACUAUAGACAAAUCCUCUACCGCUGACACCACACUCUUCCAAGAAGGGCUUGAAGAAACAAAAUUGAAAGGAUUAGAGUACAAGGAAACUGAGAAGUACUCUGAUUUGGUGGCUGAGGAAAAGGGUCUUGAAACAAUUAGGCCUAGUGAAGAGAAAGGAAAUAAGGACAAGAAAGAUAAGGUCAUGUAUGAUAGAAUUGAAGAUGCCUCAUUUUCAACUAAAGAAGAAAGUCCAAACAUUCAGAAUGAUGAAGGCACAACCUUGGAUAUUGGAGAUGGAGAUAAGGACAAGCCUGAAAAGUCAUCUGUCAUCCUAGAACAAAGCAGGACAAGCCAACAAGAAGAUGGACCAGAAGUAGGAGAGAAGAUAAAAGACGCCUGCAGCACUGAAUGCGAAGAGAAAAAACAAGAUGCAACUGAAUUAAACAAGCAAGAGAAAGAUGUAACUUCAGUGGAAGAUGAAAUGCAAAAUAAGAACAGGUUAGAUACCCCCUUUGUCACAGAAGAGACGAGCCAGCAGGAAGUAGACAAUUCUGAGAUAUUCAAAGUGGACCCCAAAAUUGGGUUAGAGAAUAUUGUCGUGGAGAGUACAAAAGAAGUUACAAACCCAAAUGAAAUCUUUGAGAAAUUUGCCCAAGCUGAUAGCUCUGCAAGUGAAAACAGUAAGGAUGUUGAAAAUUAUGACAAAAAGCCUGAUGCUUCCUCUGGGACAUGUGAGGAUGGUAUGCAGAGCAAAGCUGAGGACCUGGAUGUGACAGAAGCUUCAGCAGGGGAGACAAGAGAGAAGGAAGGGUUUACAGUCAUGGUGAAUGAAGAUAACAUCAGCAAAACAGAUUUCAUUGAGGCCAUGAAGCUUAGCAAAUUGGAAUCAAAAGAGCACGAGGGAGGCCCUGAGCAUAAUUUAUUGCAGCAAAAUGAACCAGAAAAGGAGGAGCUUGAAAGACCCUCGAAUAGGAUUUCUGAGGAGAUUGAAAUAGGAGCUUCAAGGGAAAACACUCAAUUCGAAAAUCCAGAAGAUAGCUUCAAGGAAAAAAGGCAGGAUGACAAAUCAACUGCUACUUAUGAUACCACUAGUGUUGAAAUUCCUGGGCAAAAGAAUCCCCCACUGAUUGAUUCAAAUGAGAAGACUGAAAGUUCAGAAGCUGAAAUUCCAAACAACAAUGCCAACAAUUUACAUGUUACACAUUCAUUGGUUGAAGAGACAGAACAAGUGCAAGGCAAAAGGAUUGAUGAAGUCUUCGAAUUUGAACCUGAAGAAGAAAUACAAAAGUCAACUUGUACCUCUACGGAUGAGGAAAAUCAAGCAGCAAAUGCGUCUGAAGCAUACAAAAGCACAGAGGGCACAGUAAUAGAGCAUUCAUCUCCAGAAGGGACAGUAAGAAUGGAAACAAACAUUACUGAGAAACUUGAAACAGUUUAUGGAUUGGAAUCUGAUGAGAAGUUAGAGGUCAGUGAUGCUCAGGCUAACAUACCAGAGGUGGCACAUAAGGAAGAAGCUAUUGUUAUAGGUAUACAUAAAAUUGCAAAAAGUAAUGACAUUGAAGAAGGCUCACUUGAAAAUGACAGAACUAAAGUCGCCCACUCUGUAUAUACUGGAGACAAGACUGUUGAGCAAAGCUUACCAGUAAGAAGUCUUACAGAACCAGCACCAACAUUGAGCGGUGAAGAUGAGAGGAGCAAUAUAAUACUGGAAGAGGUGCAUGAUGGGCAUAAGAUUCCAGUUCCAGGUAGUGGGGAUGUCAAUAAAGAACAGAUUUUUGAAGCCAAUGCUACAUUUUUCACACCAAAACCAAAUGAAAAGGAAACAACAAAGAUAUACCAAGACAGUGAAAAGGAAACAAAAAUUUCAAGAGAGGAGGAUGGCAGUUUAGAGAUAAUGAAAGAAGGACAAGUCAAUGAACUCUCGCACGAGUCCAUUGGAAAAGGUCCAAUUCAGGACUUCAAAGAAGAUGAAAAGGAAGCCUACAAAGAUGAGAUUUUAGCGAAGUCACAGCCUGCCAGAGCAGGUGAGAGCAUUGUACAUGAGAUAAAUCAUGAUGAAAGCUCGGAAGAAAUUCUUCAUGCUUCAUUGGCAAAACAAGAGGAAGGUCUCCAGGGAGAAGUUGAGCACCUGGUUUCUACAGAAGCUUCAGCAGAGAAUGGAGACAAGGACACAUCUUCUGUCAAAGUGACUGAGGACAACAAUGACAAUAACAAUAUCGGGCUAGCUGAACCUACAGGAAACAGUGCAAAGGUAACUCCACAAGGGGAAGAAGAUUCAGAAGAGGGACUGCAGAUAGAUGAAACAGCAAGCAUUGUAGUUGAAAGCCCAGAAGAUAUUCUCAUUGCUUCAUUAGUGAAACAAAAGGAAGAUCUGCAAGAAGAAGGUGAAAAACUGGAUUCAACUGAAGCUUCAAUAAAGAACAAUGAUGAGGAAACAUAUUCCAUCAAAAUGGCUGAAGAGAAUGAUGAAAAUAACAAGCUAGCUGAAACUACAGAAACCAGCGUAAAGGUAACACCAAAAGGUGAAGAAGAUUCAGAACAUGCUUUACAGCAUGAUGAACCCCGAGAGACAAAACAUGAGUUUGAAAGCCCUGGAGAAGUUCUUGAUACUUCAUUGGUGAACCCAGGGAAAGGCUUGCAGGGAGAAAGUACAAACCUGGCUCAAGCAGAAACUUCACAAGAGAAAAGAGAUGAAGGCAUAUCUUCUGUCAAAGUUGUGGACAAUGACAGGCUAGCUGAGACUACAGAGAACAGAGAAAAGGCAACACCAGAAGGUGAAGAAGAUUCAGAUCAAAUUUUACAGAAAGAUGAACCAGGAGAGGGCAUUACACGUGAGACAAAUAAUGGAGCCGAAAUCCCAGAGAAUAUUUCUGAUCCUACAUUGGUGACACAGGAGGAAGGCCUGCAGGGAGAAUCUGAAAACCUGGCUCCAACAGAAGCUGCAAUAGAGAAAAGAGAUGAGGACAAAUCUUACAUCAAAGUAACUGAGGACAACGAUGACAAUGAACAAGCUGAAGGUACAGAAAACAGUGAAAAGGUAACACCAGAAGGUGGAGAAGAUUCAGAGAAAAUACUACAGAUAGAUGAACCAAGACAGAGCAUUGUAGGCAUGGAAAAUCGCAAUGUUGACAGCCCUGAAGGUGAAGAAGAUUCAGAACAUGCUUUACAGCAUAAUGAACCACGAGAGACAAAUCAUGAGUUUGAAAGCCCUGGAGAAGUUCUUGAUACUUCAUUGGUAGGGAAAGGUUUGCAGGGAGAAUGUACGAACCUGGCUCCAGCAGAAACUUCACAAGAGAAAAGAGAUGAAGGCAUAUCUUCUGUCAAAAUUGUUGAGGACAAUGACAGGCUAGUUGAGACUACAGAGGACAGUGCAAAGGCAACACCAGAAGGUGAAGAAGAUUCAGAUCAAAUUUUACAGAAAGAUGAACCAGCAGAGGGCAUUACACGUGAGACAAAUAAUGGAGCCAUUUCCGAUCCUACAUUGGUGAAACAGGAGGAAGACCUGCAGGGAGAAUCUGAAAACCUGGCUCCAAGAACAGAAGCUGCAAUAGAGAAAAGAGAAGAGGAAUCUUACAUCAAAGUAACUGAGGACAACAAUGAUAAUGAACAAGCUGAAGUUACAGAAAACAGUGAAAAGGUAACACCAGAAGGUGGAGAAGAUUCAGAGAAAAUACUACAGGUAGAUGAACCAGGACAGAGCAUUUUAGGCAUGGAAAAUCACAAUGUUGACAGCCCUGAAGGUGAAGAAGAUUCAGAACAAGCUUUACAGCGUGAUGAACCACGAGAGACAAAUCAUGAGUUUGAAAGCCCCGGAGAAAUUCUUGAUACUUCAUUGGUGAACUCAGGGAAAGGUUUGCAGGGAGAAAGUACGAACCUGGCUCAAGCAGAAACUUCACAAGAGAAAAGAGAUGAAGCCAUUGCUUCUGUCAAAGUUGCUGUGGACAAUGAUGACAAUGACAAACUAGCUGAGGCUAUAGAGAACAGUGCAAAGGCAACACCAGAAGGUGAAGAAAAUUCAGAACAAAUUUUACAGAAAUAUGAACCAGGAGAGGGCAUUACACAUGAGACAAAUAAUGGAGCCGAAAUCCUAGAAACUAUUUCUGAUCCUCCAUUGGUGAAACAGGAGGAAGGCCUACAGGGAGAAUCUGAAAACCUGGCUCCAACAGAAGCUGCAAUAGAGAAAAGAGAUGAGGACACAUCUUACAUCAAAGAGGUUGAGGACAACAAUGACAAUGGACAAGCUGAAGCUAUAGAAAACAGUGAAAAGGUAACACCAGAAGGUGGAGAAGAUUCAGAGAAAAUACAACAGAUAAAUGAACCAGGACAGAACAUUGUAGGCAUGGAAAAUCGCAAUGUUGACAGCCCUGAAAAUAAUCUUGAUACUUUGUUCGUGAAACAAGAGGAAGUUCUACAGGGAGAAGGUUAUAACUCGGUUCUGACAAAAACUUCAAUAGAGAAUAGUGAUGAGGACACAUUUUCUGUCAAAGUGGCUGAAAACAAUGAUGAGAAUAAUAGACCAGCUGAGACUAUGGAAGAUGGUGUAAAGGUCACACCAAAUGGUGAAGAAAAUUCAGAGCAGGUCUUGCAGAAAGAUGACCCACAAGAGAAAUAUCACAAUGUUGAAAGCCCAGACAAUAUUCUUGAUAAAUCAUUGUUGAAUCUAGAGGAAGACCUCCAUGUAGAUGGCGAGGACUUAGCUCCAACAGAAGCUUCAAUAGAGAAUAAAGAUGAGGACUCAUCUCUUGUCAAAGUGGCUGAACACAAAGAUGGCAAUAAUAGGCAAGAUGAGGCCAGAGAAAACAAUGCCGAUGGAACACCAAAAGGUGAAGAAGAUUCAGAACAUGUUUUACAGAAAGAUGCAGUUGAUGAGAGCAUCGCAUGUGAGACAGAUCAUGAAGUUGAAAAACAUGAAAAAGCUCUUAAUACUCCACUAGCAAAACAAGAGGAAUGUCUGCAGGGACAAGAUGAAAACAUGAUUCCAACAGAAGCUUCAAUAGAGAAAAGAGAUGGGGAAAUAUCUUCUACGAAAAUAGCUGAAGGCAAUGAUGGCAUUAACAGGGUUGCUGAGGCUGAAGGAAAUAGUGUGAAGGAAACAGCAAAAGGUGGAGAAGAGUUGGAACCAGUCUUCCAGAGAGAUGCAAAUGAGAAGCUUGAACAACUUCUAGAUGUAACACCUGAAGAAAUGGAGGCAGAAUCUUCAAGUGAAAAUAUGAAAAAGAGUACCUGCAUGAAAGAGGAAGGAAUCAUUCAGAACCUUGAAGAAACUUCAGAAAGAGAAAAGAGAGAAGAAACAGAAACUACUGAUGAUAAAAAAGAAAAAGAAGCUGCAAGAGAAAAGACAUUUGAUGCUACUACUAGUAUCGACAAAGGAAAUAGGGAACUGAUAUUAGAGGAAAUUGACAGUGUUAAGGACCAAUCUCCAGAAUUUAAUGAGAAAGAAACAACUGAAGAGAACUCCAAGGAUCAACAGGAAUGUAGGGGGUUAGGGACAACAGCUUCAAGUAUAGAAGAAGAAAAACCAAACUUGGAGGAGCCAGGCAUUGCAGAACUCUCUUCUUCAUCAGUUGGAGAGGUAAUAGUAAAGGAGUUAAAAGAAGAGGUCAAAGGCCCAAAUUUGGAGUUCAUAGAGCAGAUUGGAGCAAAAGAUUUGACAGAGGAAUCAAAAUCAGGGACCUUACAGGACAGUGAAGAGCCGAAUAAAAACUUCAGUACUUUGAUUAUUGCAGAAACCUCUUCUUUUGUGCCUGAUAUAUUUGAGAAAAUGAUCAAAGAACAAAUCCUGAAGCAGGAUGAACACACAAAUAAUGAUUUUGACUCUGCAUCUGUCACAAUUCUUAGUGAAGAAACAGGCUUGAAAGAAGCCAAACCAGAAGAUAAUGAGCAAGUCAAAAGCUCUGAUAUUGCUACUGAAGGGCCAGCAACAACUGAAACAGACAGAUCUAACUUAGUCAAUGUAGAUAUUGAUGUCCAACCAGAGAAGAUUACCAGCUUAGAAGAGAAUAGGAACAAGGGGAUUUUGACUGUAGCAGAAGGAGGUAGAGAAAAAAAGGAGCAUCAAAUGGAGGAUAAAGCUCCUACAACAGGAAUUGGCCAUGAAGUAGAAGUGGCCACUGCUGAGAAACCUUUAGAUAGCAUAUCAGAAGAUAGCUUUCAAGGUUCUUAUAUGACGCCUUUGAAAGACCAUGAGCCCAUGAUAAUUGAAUUAAGCAGGAUCGUAGAAGAGACUCUAGCAAGAGAUGAAACCACAUAUGCAAAUGCCAAAACUCCUUCCAGGGUGAAGGAAACAAAUGAGAACUUAACGCAAAAGGAAGAUGAAUCCAUUAAAUCUAAAGACGUUUCUGAAUUGUUCUCUUCAGAUGAUGGGAAGGAGGGUGUAAAUGAAGAAGUCCAAAAGCACAAAGAUGCAGAGUCACAUAUGCUCCCUAAGAUACAUAAUGAAAAGAAUAGCUAUGAUGCAGAAGAUGUGGAUAUCUCAAAGAGGGGAGAAACCAGUGAUUCAGCGGAUCAAACUGAGGUUUUUAUUACUAGUGUCAGCAAAGGAAAUAGGGAACAUAUACUAGAGGAAACUGAUAUUGUUAAGGACCAGUCUCCAACAUUCAAUGAGAAAGAAACAACUGAAGAGAACUCCAAAGAUGAUCAGGAAUCUAGAGGGUUUGAGACAACAGCUUCACAUAUAGAAACAGAACAACCGAACUUGGAGGAACCAAACAUCAAAGAACUCUCUUCUUUAUCAGUUGGAGAAGUAACAAGAAAGGAAAACUUAAAGGAAGAUGAAAGUGAUGCUAUGAAGUUAAAAGAGGAGGUCAAAAGCCCAGAUUUGGAGUUCAUAGAGCAGAUCAGGGUAAAAGAUUUGACAGAGGAAUCAAAAUCAGGGACCUUACAGGACAGUGCAGUGCCAAAUAAGAACAUAAUUUUGACUUCUGCAGAAAACUCUUCCUUUGUGCCUGAGGUAUCUGAGAAAGAGACCAAAGAAGAAAUCCUGAAGCAAGAAGAACGCACUAAUAAUGAUUUUGACUCUGCAUCUGUCACAGUUUUGUGUGAAGAAACGGGCUUGAAAGAAGCCAAACCAGAAAAUUAUGAGCAAGUCAAAAGCUCUGAUAUUGCUUCUGAAGGGAAGGGUCCAGCAACCAUUGAAACAGAAGAAACUAACUUAGACAAUGUAGAUAUUGAUGUCCAACCAGAGGAAAUUUCUGGCUUAGAAGAGAAUAGGAACAAGGAGAUUUCGACUGUAGCAGAUGGAGGUGAAGAAAAAAUUGAGCAUCAAAUGGAAAAAGAAGAACCUCCUGGAGGAAUUGGCCAUGAAGUAGAAGUGACCACCGCUGAGAAACCCAUAGACAGCAUAUCAGAAGAUAGCUCUCGAGAUUCUUAUGUGAUGCCACUGAAAGACCAUGAGCCCAUAACAAUUGUAGUAAGCAAGACAGUAGAAGAGACUCCAGAAAAAGAUGUUAUCGCAGAUGUAAAUGCCAAAACUCCUUCCAGUGUGCAGGAAACAGAUGAGAAGUUAAUACAAAAGGAAGAUGAACCCAUUAAACCAAAAGAUGUUUCUGAAUUGUUCUCUUCAGACAAUGGGAAGGAGGGUGCAAAUGAAAAAGUCCAAAAGCUCAAGGAUGCAGACUCACAAAUGCCCCCAGAGCUACAUGGUGAAAAGAAUAGCUAUGAUACAGAAGAUUUGGAGAUCUCACAGAGGGGAGAAACCAGUGAUUUAGCAGAUCAAACUGAGGUAUCCAAAUUGGACACUUUCACACAUGAAAAUCCAUCUAAUGAGGCCUCAAAGGAUAUUGCAAUUAGUACCUGUAAAGAUAGUGAAAAGGCUACCCUGGAACAAGAGGAUUCUGUUCAGAACUUGGAAGGUAGCUUAAAAGGUGAUGUAGUAGAGAAAGGAACAGCUGAAUUGAAUGCAGGAGCCCAUAGCCACGAAUGUGAGCCUACAAACACCAAAGACAAUGAUCAAAUAGCAGAAAAGAAUCUAGAAUCAGCUGAUCUGGGUCAAAAGCCUGAUUUUGUCUCUGAAUCAAUGAACAAAGAUCAAAGUGAUGAUACACUUCCUCAAACCAACAAGAGUCAAACUGAGGAGAACAAAGAUGAUGUUCAGGAGUGGAAUUCAGAAUCUGUUGAGCAAAAGAAUAUAGGCCAAAUUGAAGGUGAAACAGAGAGAAAAAUGGAAAUGGAGCCCAAAUUGGAAGCCAAAGAUCAUAUUCAUGAAUCACAAAAGGCAGAAGACACCAUUACUGCUGUCAGUACUACUGAAAAGGUGCAUGACGGAGUUAAGAAAGUCAAUGGAAGUGAAGACAUAAGAGAACAUGCGACAGAUGGAGAUAGUGAUGUGAAGGAAAUUCAUACUGUAUCUACUAGAGAUGAAAUAGCUGAGAAGGAGAAAGACUCUGGCCCAGAAUCCACUGAAUAUCUUAAGACAAUAGACUCUGAGGAACAUACAGGAACAACAAACACAAAGAUUGAAGAAGAUCCAGCAGGAGAGACAGAAACACCUGUUACAAAAGCACCAGAAGAAGAAAAGAUACCAGAUGAAAGUGGUCUUGAGCCAGCAGAUGUGCAUAAGGGAGUUGAGGACGUUGAUGAAAGUGAAAGCACCAGGGAACAGGCCAUUGAAGGAGAGAGCAACUUGAAAGAAAUUCAUACAAUAUUAGCUAAAGAUGAAAUACUUGAGAAGGAAAAGGACUAUGGCCUAGAAUCCACUGAAUGUCUCAAGGCAUCAUACUCAAAGGAGCAGACAGAAACUGUAAACACGAAUAUUGAAGAAGAUCCAAGAGGGGAGACAAAGGUACUUAUUACAGAAGCACCAACAGAAGUAAAGAUACCAAAUGAAGAUGGUCUAGAGCCAGCAGAAGAGCAUGAGGGAGUUGAGAAAGUUAAUGAAAGUGAAAACAUCAUAGAACAGGCCAAAGAUAUAAAGAGCGACUUGAAGGAAACUCAUGCAAUAUUUGCUAGAGAUGAAAUACUUGACGAGGGGAAAGACUGUGGCCCAGAUUCCAUUGAAUAUGUUAAGACAACAGAUUCUAAGGAACAAAUAGAAACGGUGAAAGCAGAUAUUGAAAAAGAUUCAAUGGGGGAGUUAGAAGCACCUGUUACAAAAGCACCAGAAGAAGAAAAGAUAAAAGAUAAAAGUAUUCUUAAGCAGACCGAUGAGCGUGAGGGAGUUGAUAAAAUUGAUGAAAGUGAAAACAUCAGAGAAGAAGCCACGGAUGGAGACAGUGGCUUGAAGGAAACUCAUGCAAUGUUUGCUAGAGAUGAAACACUUGAGGAGGUGAAAGACUGUGGCCUGGAUUCCAUUGAAUAUGUUAAGACAACAGAAUCUAAGGAACAAAUAGAAACGGCGAACACAAAUAUUGAAAAAGAUCCAAUGGGGGAGUCAAAAGCACCUAUUACAAAAGCACUAGAAGAAGAAAAGAUACAAGAUGAAGGUAUUCCUAAGCCAACAGAUGAGAGUGAGGGAGUUGAUAAAACUGAUGAAAGUGAAAACAUCAGAGAAGAAGCCACAGAUGGAGACAGUGGCUUGAAGGAAACUCAUGCAAUGUUUGCUAGAGAUGAAACACUUGAGGAGGUGAAAGACUGUGGCCUGGAUUCCAUUGAAUAUGUUAAGACAACAGAAUCUAAGGAACAAAUAGAAACGGCGAACACAAAUAUUGAAAAAGAUCCAAUGGGGGAGUCAAAAGCACCUAUUACAAAAGCACUAGAAGAAGAAAAGAUACAAGAUGAAGGUAUUCCUAAGCCAACAGAUGAGAGUGAGGGAGUUGAUAAAACUGAUGAAAGUGAAAACAUCAGAGAAGAAGCCACAGAUGGAGACAGUGGCUUGAAGGAAACUCAUGCAAUAUUUGCUAGAGAUGAAAUACUUGAGGAGGUGAAAGACUGUGGCCUAGAUUCCAUUGAACAUGUUAAGACAACAGAUUCUAAGGAACAAAUAGAAACGGUGAAUGCAAAUAUUGAAAAAGAUCCAAUGGGGGAGUCAGAAGCACCUGUUACAAAAGCACUAGAAGAACAAAAGAUACAAGAUGAAGGUAUUCAUAAGCCGACAGAUGAGCGUGAGGGAGUAAAUAAAACAGAUGAAAGUGAAAACAUCAGAGAAGAAGCCACAGAUGGAGACAGUGGCUUGAAGGAAACUCCAUCAAUAUUUGCUAGAGAUGAAAUACUUGAGGAGGUGAAAGACUUUGGCCCAGAUUCCAUUGAAUAUGUUCAGACAACAGAUUCUAAGGAACAAACAAAAACGGUGAACGCAGAUAUAGAAAAAGAUCCAAUGGGAAAGUCAGAAGCACCUAUAACAAAAGCACCAGAAGAAGAAAACAUACAAGAUGAAGAUAUGCUUAAGCCGACAAAUGAGCACAAGGGAGUUGAUAAAACUGAUGAAAGAGAAAACAUCAGAGAAGAAGCCACAGAUGGAGACAGUGGCUUGAAGGAAACUCAUGCAAUAUUUCCAAGAGAAGAAAUACUUGAGGAGGAGAAAGACUCUGGCCCAGAAGAAGAAAAGAUACAAGAUGAAGGUAUUCUUAAGCCGACAGAUGAGCGUGAGGGAGUUGAUAAAACUGAUGAAAGUGAAAACAUCAGAGAAGAAGCCACAGAUGGAGACAGUGGCUUGAAGGAAACUCAUGCAAUAUUUGCUAGAGACGAAAUACUUGAGGAGAAACAGGAGAAAGACUCUGGCCCAGAAGAAGAAAAGAUACAAGAUGAAGGUAUUCUUAAGCCGACAGAUGAGCGUGAGGGAGUUGAUAAAACUGAUGAAAGUGAAAACAUCAGAGAAGAAGCCACAGAUGGAGACAGUGGCUUGAAGGAAACUCAUACAAUAUUUGCUAGAGACGAAAUACUUGAGGAGAAACAGGAGAAAGACUCUGGCCCAGAUUCCAUUGAAUAUGUUAAGACAACAGAUUCUAAGGAACAAAUAGAAACGGUGAAUGUAGACAAUGAAAAAGAUCCAAUGGGGGAUUCAGAAACACCUGUUACAAAAUCACCAGAAGAAGAAAAGAUACAAGAUGAAGGUAUUCUUAAGCCGACAAAUGAGCGUGAGGGAGUUGAUAAAACUGAUGAAAGUGAAAACAUCAGAGAAGAAGCCACAGAUGGACAAAGUGGCUUGAUGGAAACUCAUGCAAUAUUUGCUAGAGACGAAAAACUUGAGGAGGUAAAAGACUGUGGCCCAGAUUCCAUUGAAUAUGUUAAGACAACAGAUUCUAAGGAACAAAUAGAAACGGUGAACGCAAAUAUCGAAAAAGAUCCAAUGGGGGAGUCAGAAGCACCUGUUACAAAAGUACCAGAAGAAGAAAAGAUACAAGAUGAGGGUAUUCUUAAGCCAACAGAUGAGAGUGAGGGAGUUGAUGAAAGUGAAAACAUCAAAGAAGAAGCCACAGAUGGAGACAGUGGCUUGAAGGAAACUCGUGCAAUAUUUGCUAGAGAUGAAACACUUGAGGAGGUGAAAGACUGUGGCCCAGAUUCCAUUGAAUAUGCUAAGACAACAGAUUCUAAGGAACAAAUAAAAACGGUGAACGCAGAUUUUGAAAAAGAUCCAAUGGAGGAGUUAGAAGCACCUGUUACAAAGGUACCAGAAGAAGAAAAGAUACAAGAUGAAGGUAUUCUUAAGCCGAUAGAUGAGCGUGAGGGAGUUGACAAAACUAAUGAACGUGAAAACAUCAAAGAAGAAGCCACAGAUGGAGACAGUGGCUUGAAGGAAACUCAUGCAAUAUUUGCUAGAGAUGAAACACUUGAGGAGGCGAAAGAUUGUGGCCCAGAUUCCAUUGAAUAUGUUAAGACAACAGAUUCUAAGGAACAAAUAGAAAUGGUGAACACAAAUAUUGAAAAAGAUCCAAUGGGGGAGUCAGAAGCACCUGUUACAAAGGUACCAGAAGAAGAAAAGAUACAAGAUGAAGGUAUUCUUAAGCCGAUAGAUGAGCGUGAGAGAGUUGACAAAACUAAUGAACGUGAAAACAUCAAAAAAGAAGCCACAGGUGGAGACAGUGGCUUGAAGGAAACUCAUGCAAUAUUUGCUAGAGAUGAAACACUUGAGGAGGUGAAAGCUUGUGGCCCAGAUUCCAUUGAAUAUGUUAAGACAACAGAUUCAAAGGAACAAAUAGAAAUGGUGAACACAGAUAUUGAAAAAUAUCCAAUGGGGGAGUCAGAAGCACCUGUUACAAAAGCACCAGAAGAAGAAAAGAUACAAGAUGAGGGUAUUCUUAAGCCAACAGAUGAGAGUGAGGGAGUUGACGAAAGUGAAAACAUCAAAGAAGAAGCCACAGAUGGAGACAGUGGCUUGAAGGAAACUCGUGCAAUAUUUGCUAGAGAUGAAAUACUUGAGGAGAAACAGGUGAAAGACUAUGGCCCAGAUUCCAUUGAAUAUGUUAAGACAACAAAUUCUAAGGCACAAAUAGAAAUGGUGAACACAGAUAUUGAAAAAGAUCCAAUGGGAGAGUCAGAAGCACCUUUUACAAAAGCCCCAGAAGAAGAAAAGAUACAAGAUGAAAGUAUUCUUAAGCCGAUAGAUCAGCGUGAGGGAAUUGAUAAAACUGAUGAAAGUGAAAACAUCAGAGAAGAAGCCGCAGAUGGAGACAGUGGCUUGAAGGAAACUGAUGCAAUAUUUGCUAGAGACAAAAUACUUGAGGAGAAACAGGUGAAAGACUGUGGCUCAGAUUCCAUUGAAUAUGUUAAGACAACAGAUUCUAAAGAACAAAUAGAAACGGUGAACACAGAUAUUGAAAAAGAUCCAAUGGGAGAGUCAAAAGUACCUUUUACAAAAGCACCAGAAGAAGAAAAGAUACAAGAUGCAAGCAUCUUUAAGCCGACAGAUGAGCGUGAGGGAGUUGAUAAAAUUGAUGAAAGUGAAAACAUCAGAGAAGAAGCAAUAGAUGGAGACAGUGGCUUGAAGGAAACUCAAGCAAUAUUUGCUAGAGAUGAAAUACUUGAGGAGGUGAAAGACUGUGGCCCAGAUUCCAUUGAAUAUGUUAAGACAACAAAUUCUAAGGAACGAAUAGAAACGGUGAACGCAGAUAUUGAAAAUGAUCCAAUGGGGGAGUCAGAAGCACCUGUUACAAAAGCACCAAAAGAAGAAAAGAUACAAGAUGAAGUUAUUCUUAAGCCGACAAAUGAGAGUGAGGGAGUUGAUAAAACUGAUGAAAGUGAAAACAUCAGAGAAGGAGACAGUGGCUUGAAGGAAACUCAUGCAAUAUUUGCUAGAGAGGAAAUACUUGAGGAGGUGAAAGACUGUGGCCCAGAUUCCAUUGAAUAUGUUAAGACAACAGAUUCUAAGGAACAAAUAGAAACGAUGAACACGGAUAUUGAAAAAGAUCCAAUGGGAGAGUCAGAAGCACCUUUUACAAAAGCACCAGAAGAAGAAAAGAUACAAGAUGAAGGUAUUCUUAAGCCGACAGAUGAGCGUGAGGGAGUUGAUAAAACUGAUGAAAGUGAAAACAUCAGAGAAGAAGCCAUAGAUGGAGACAGUGGCUUCAAGGAAACUCAAGCAAUAUUUGCUAGAGACAAAAUACUUAAGGAGGUGAAAGACUGUGGCCCAGAUUCCAUUGAAUAUGUUACGACAACAGAUUCUGAGGAACAAAUAGAAACAGUGAACGCAGAUAUUGAAAAAGAUCCAAUGAGAAAGUCAGAAGCACCUGUUACAAAAGCACCAGAAGAAGAAAAGAUACAAGAUGAAGGUAUUAUUAAGCCGACAGAUGAGCGUGAGGGAGUUGAUAAAACUGAUGAAAGUGAAAACAUCAGAGAGGAAGCCACAGAUGGAGACAGUGGCUUGAAGGAAACUCAUGCAAUAUUUGCUAGAGACGAAAUACUUGAGGAGGUGAAAGACUGUGGCCCAGAUUCCAUUGAACAUGUUAAGACAACAGAUUCUAAGGAACAAAUAGAAACGGUGAACGCAAAUAUUGGAAAAGAUCCCAUGGGGGAGUCAGAAGCACCUGUUACAAAAGCACUAGAAGAAGAAAAGAUACAAGAUGAAGGUAUUCUUAAGCCGACAGAUGAGCGUGAGGGAGUUGAUAAAACUGAUGAAAGUGAAAACAUCAGAGAAGAAGCCACAGAUGGAGACAGUGGCUUGAAGGAAACUCAAGCAAUAUUUGCUAGAGACGAAAUACUUGAGGAGGUGAAAGACUAUGGCCCAGAUUCCAUUGAAUAUGUUAAGACAACAGAUUAUGAGGAACAAAUAGAAACAGGGAAUGCAGAUAUUGAAAAAGAUCCAAUGGGAAAGUCAGAAGCACCUGUUACAAAAGCACCAGAAGAAGAAAAGAUACAAGAUGAAGGUAUUCUUAAGCCGACAGAUGAGCGUGAGGGAAUUGAUAAAACUGAUGAAAGUGAAAACAUCAGAGAGGAAGCCACAAAUGGAGACAAUGGCUUGAAGGAAACUCAUGCAAUAUUUGCUAGAGAUGAAAUACUUGAGGAGGUGAAAGACUGUGGCCGAGAUUCCAUUGAACAUGUUAAGACAACAGAUUCUAAGGAACAAAUAGAAACGGUGAACGCAAAUAUUGAAAAAGAUCCAAUGGGGGAGUCAGAAGCACCUGUUACAAAAGCACCAGAAGAAGAAAAGAUACAAGAUGAAGGUAUUCUUAAGCCGACAAAUGAGAGUGAGGGAGUUCAUAAAACUGAUGAAAGUGAAAACAUCAAUGUAGAAGCCACAGAUGGAGAUAGUGGCUUGAAGGAAACUCAUGCAAUAUUUGCUAGAGAUGAAAUACUUGAGGAGGUGAAAUACUGUGGCCUAGAUUCCAUUGAACAUGUUAAGUCAAUAGAAACGAUGAACGCAAAUAUUGAAAAAGAUCCAAUGGGGGAGUCAGAAGCUCCUGUUACAAAAGCACCAGAAGAAGAAAAGAUACAAGAUGAAGGUAUUCUUAUGUCGACAAAUGAGCGUGAGGGAGUUGAUAAAACUAAUGAAAGUGAAAACCUCAGAGAAGAAGCCACAGAUGGAGAUAGUAGCUUGAAGGAAAUUCAUACAGUAUCUGUUGGACAAGAAAUAGUUGAGAACUUGGAAGAGUCUGGCCCAAAAUCCAUUGAAUAUCUCAAGGCAACAGACUCCAAGGAGCAAACAAAAACUGCAAACAUGAAUAUUGAAAAAGUUACAACCGGAGAGAUAGAAGUACUUGUUACAAGAACACGAGAAGAGGAUAGUCUUAAGCCAGUAGAAGUGCAUGAAGAAGUUGAGAAAGUUAAUGAAAGUAAAAACAUCAUAGAACAGGCCAUAGAUGGAGAAAGCGGCUUGGAGGAAAUUCAUACAAGAUCUGUUGGAGACGAAAUACUUGAGAAGAUGAACAACUCUGGUCCAGAAUCAACUGAAUAUCUUAAGGCAACAGACUCUAAAGAGCAAAUAGGAACAGCGAACACAAAUAUUGAAGAAUAUCCAACAGGGGAAACAGAAGCACCUUUUACAAAAGCACUGGAAGAGGAAGAGAUGAAAGAUGAAGGAACUCUUAAACCAGCAGAUGUGCAUGAAGAAGUUGAGAAAGUUGAUGAAAGUGACAACAUCAUACAACAAGCCACAGAUGGAGAAAGCGACAUGAAAAAUAUUCAUUCAAUAUCUAUUGAAGAUGAAAAACUUGAGAACGUUAAAGAUUCUGGCUCAGAAUCCAUUGAGUAUUUCAAGGAAAUAGACUCCAAGGAGCAUAUAGAAACUGAAAACAAGGGUAUUAAAGAAAAUCCAACAAGGGAGACAGAAGUACCUGUUAUAAAAGCACCAAAAGAGGAAAAUUUUCCAGAUGAAGGGAGUCUUAAGCCGGUAGAAGUCCAUGAAGGAGUUGAGAAAGCUACAGAAAGUGAAAACAUUAUAGAACAGCCCGUAGAUGGAGUGAGCAACUUGAAGGAAAUUCAUACAAUAUCUAUUGGAGAUGAAAUACUUGAGAAUAUUAACAACUCUGGUCCAGAAUCAACUGAAUAUCUUAAGGCAACAGGCGUUAAAGAGCAAAUAGGAAGAGCGAAGACAAAUAUUGAAGAGUAUCCAACAGGGGAAACAGAGGCACCUUUUACAAAAGCACCGGAAGAAGAAGAGAUGAAAGAUGAAGGAACUCUUAAACCAGCAGAUGUGCAUGAAGGAGUUGAGAAAGUUGAUGAAAGUGACAACAUCAGACAACAAGCCACAGAUGGAGAAAGCGGCAUGAAAAAGAUUCAUACAAUAUCUAUUGUAGAUGAAAAAUUUGAGAACGCUAAAGAUUCUGGCUCAGAAUCCAUGGAGUAUUUCAAGGAAAUAGACUCCAAGGAGCAUAUAGAAACUGAAAACAAGGGAAUUAAAGAAGAUCCAACAGGGGAGACAGAAUUACCUGUUAUAAAAGCACCAAAAGAGGAAAAUUUACCAGAUGAAGGGAGUCUUAAGCCGGUAGAAGCCAAUGAAGGAGUUGAGAAAACUACAGAAAGUGAAAACAUAAUAGAACAGCCCGUAGAUGGAGUGAGCAACUUGAAGGAAAUUCAUACAAUAUCUAUUGGAGAUGAAAUACUUGAGAAGAUUAACAACUCUGGUCCAAAAUCAAUUGAAUAUCUCAAGGCAACAGACGUUAAAGAGCAAAUAGGAACAGCGAACACAAAUAUUGAAGAAUAUCCAAAAGGGGAAACAGAGGCACCUUUUACAAAAGCACUGGAAGAAGAAGAGAUGAAAGAUGAAGGAACUCUAAAACCAACAGAUGUGCGUGAAGGAGUUGAGAAAGUUGAUGAAAGUGACAACAUCAGACAACAAGCCAAAGAUGGAGAGAACAACAUGAAAAAGAUUCAUACAAUAUCUAUUGGAGAUGAAAAACUUGAGAACGUUAAAGAUUCUGGCUCAGAAUCCAUUGAGUAUUUCAAGGAAAUAGACUCCAAGGAGCAUAUAGAAACUGAAAACAAGGGUAUUAAAGAAGAUCCAACAGGGGAGACAGAAGUACCUGUUACAAAAGCAACAAAAGAGGAAAAUAUACCCGAUGAAGGGAGUCUUAAGCUGGUAGAAGUCCAUGAAGGAGUUGAGAAAGCUACAGAAAGUGAAAACAUAAUAGAACAGCCCGUAGAUGGAGUGAGCAACUUGCAGGAAAUUCAUACAAUAUCUAUUGGAGAUGAAAUACUUGAGAAGGUAAAUGAUUCUGGCCUAGAAUCCAUUGAAUAUCUUAAGGAAACAGACUACAAGGAGCAGAUAGAAACACUAAACACAGAUAUUGAAAAGGCUACAUUAGAGGAGACAGAAGCACUUGUAAUAAAAGCACCAGAAGAACAAAAGAUACAAGACGAAGGUAGUCUUAUGACAGCAGAUGUGCAUGAGGAAGUUGAGCAAGUUGCUGAAAGUGAAAACAUCAUACAACAAAACAAGGAUGGAGCGAACGAAAUGGAGGAAAUUCAUACAGGAUCUACUAGAGAUGAAAUAUUUGAGAAUGUGAAAGAAUCUGGCCCAAAAUCCACUGAAUAUCUCAAGGAAACAAACUCCAAGGAGCAAACAAAAGCAGUAAACAUGGAUAUCGGAGAAGAUACAACAGGGGAGGAAGGACUUGUUAAGAUAACAGAAGUGCAUGAAGAAGUUGAGAAAGUUAAUGAAAGUAAAAACAUCAUAGAACAGGUCAAAAAUGGAGAAAGCAGCUUGAAGGAGAUUCGUACAAGAUCUACUGGGGAUGAAAUACUUGAGAAGAUGAACGAUUCUGGCCCUGAUUCAACUGAAUAUCCUAAGGCAACAGACUUCAAAGAGCAAAUAAUAACAGUGAACAAAAAUAUUGAAGAUCCAACAGGGGAGACAGAAGCACCUGUUACAAAAGCACCAGAAGAAGAAGAGAUGCAAGAUGAAGGUAUUCUUAAACCAGCAGAUGUGCAUGAGGGAUUUGAGAAAGUUGAUGAAAGUGUCCACAUCAAACAACAAGCGAUAGAGGUAGAAAGUGACUUGAUAAAAAUUCAUACAAUAUCUACUGGAGAUAAAAUUCUUGAGAACGUAAAAGAUUCUGGCUCAGAAUCCAAUGAAUAUAUCAAAGCAACAGACUCCAUGGAGCAUACAGAAACCAAAAACAUGGAUAUCAAAGAAGAUCCAACGUGGGAGGCAGAAGUACCUUUUAUAAAAAAACCAAAAGAAGAAAAUAUACCAGAUGAAGGUAGCCUUAAUCCAACAGAAGCACAUGAAGGAGUCGAGAAAGUUCAUGGAAGUGAAAACAACAUAGAACAGCCAGUAGAUGGAGUGAGUGACUUGAAGGAAAUUUAUACAAAAAAAUCUAUUGGAGAUGAAAUACUUGAGAAGGUAAAAAAUUUUGGCCCAGAAUCCAUUGAAUAUCUUGAGGAAACAGACUCAAAGGAGCAUAUAGAACCACUAAACACAAAUUUUGAAAAAGAUUCAUCAAGUGAACCAGAAGCACUUGUUACAAAAGUACCAGCUGUGGAAAAGAUACAAGAUGAAGUCAGUCUCAAUACAGCCGAUGCACAUGAGGGAGUUGAGCAAGUUGAUGAAAGUGAAAACAACAUACAACAAAACCCAGAUGGAGAGCACUACAGCCAGGAAAUUCAUACAGGAUCUACUGAAGAUGAAAUACUUAAGAAUGUGGAAAACUCUGGUCCAAAAUCCAUUGAUAUUAAAGAAGAUACAAGGGAGAUAGAAGCAUCUCUUACAAAAGAAGAAAAGAUACAAGAUGAAGGCAGUCUUAACCCAACAGAUGGGCAUGAAGGAGUUGAGAAAGUUGAUAGGAGUGAAAACAUCAGAGAAUAUGCCAUAGUUGGAGAGAGCAACUUAAAGGAAAUUCAUACAACAUUUGUUGGAGAUGAAAUACUUGAGAAGGUGAAAGACUCUGACCAAAAAUCUACCAAGUAUCAUAGGGCAACAGAUUCCAAGGAGCAAAUAGAAACAGUAAACACGGAUAUUGAAGAAGAUCCAAUACAGGAGAUGGAAGCACCUAUCACAAAAGCACCAGAAGUAGAAAAAAUACAAGAUGAAGAUAGCCUUAAGCCAGCAAAUGUCCAUGAGGGAGUUGAGAAAGCUAAUGGAAGUGAAAACAUUAAAGAACAAGCCAUAGAUGGAGAGAGUGCAUUAAAGGAAAUCUAUACAAUCUCUGUUGGAGAUGGAAUACUUGAGAAGGACAAAGACUUUGGCCCAGAAUCCAUCAAAUAUCUCAAGGAAACAAAGUCCGAGCAGGAGAUAGCAACAGUAAACACAAAUAUUGAAGAAGAUCCAAUUGGGGAAACAGAGGCCACUGUUACCAAAGCACAAGAAGAAGAAAAGAUACAAGAUGAAGGUGGUCUUAAGGCAGUUGAUGGACAUGAAGGAGUUGAAAAAGCUGAUGGAAGCGCAAACAAUAGAGAACAGGUGAUAGAUGGAGAAAGCGACUUUAAGGAAAUUCAUGAAGUAUCUCUUGGAGAUGAUACACUUAACAAGGUGAAAUAUUGUAGCCCAGAAUCCACUGUAUAUCUUAAGGCAACAGACUCUGAAGAACAUAUAGAAACAGUAAACACAACUAUUAAUGAAGAUCCAAUAGAGGAAACAGAAGUACCUGCUACAAGAGCACUAGAAGAAGAAGAAGAAGAAAAGAUACAAGAUGAGGGUUGUGUUAAGCCAACAAAUGUCUCUGUGACAGUUGCUGAAGAUGAAGAGGAAAAGAUCAAAGAGGAUAUCAAAGUGGAAGAGGACAAUUUUCCUGACAAUGCCGACAAUGCAAUUGUGAUACCAGCAGAUUCAAGCUUAGGGGAAGCUCAGAUGGUUGACAAACCUGUGAAGGAUACCAGCUCAGACGAGAGUUUAAAAACAAUCAAUGCUGAGCCUUGUCCACAUGCUGAAGAAGUUGGCAGCAUGACUCCUGAAAAAACUUCCUUUAGCUUGGUGUCUCAACUCCCAAAUAUGAAACACAAUGAUAUAGAGACAGAGACUGUAACUCCGGAGAAACCAGAUGCAGAUGAGGAAACCAAAACAGUUUCUGAUGCAGUUUUCCAGUCCAAAUAUCAUGGUGUUGAAGAAACGAAUGAGACCGGGCAAAGUUUAAGAGUGGAAAAUUUGGAUGCAGACAGAACAGAAGGAAUCAAAGAAGCUUCUGGAACAGUGUUGGAAUCCAAAUCCCUGGGCACUGAAGCAGUUACCAUUGAUGAAAUCACGGCUGAUCAGAAUCUCCCUGCAGGAAAGUUGGAAGAGCAACUUCAAACACCAUCUUCUGAAUUGCUUUCCUGGGAACAGGAGCAUGGACCUACAACUAUUGUCAAGGAAACAGAAGCAAUAAAGACAAAGGAAGGGGAGAUACUUGAUGAUAAGAAUAUCAGUGAUUCUUCUGCCACAAAGGCAACAGAAGAGACAUGCUUACAAAAGGAAGAGCAACCUGAAACACUAUCUUCUAUAUUCCUUUCUACAGAACAAGAGCAUAGAACCACAACAACAUUCAAGAAGACGGAAGAGGAAAACAUAAAGGAAGUGGAGAUGCUAGAUGAGAAGGGUAUCAACAAUUCUUCAGCAAUAAAGGCAACAGAAGAGGCAUGCUUGGAGCAAGAAGAGCCCAAGGAGCUUGCAGUCUCCAAAUUGGGGCUUUUAGAUGGAGCUUCAAAAUUAGAGACUGCAGACAAAGAAGAAUGCGAGAAAAUCAAAGAACUAACAAGUCCAAUUGAGGACGCUUCCAAUCUUAGCUUUGAGACAAGUGAAAAAGCUUUGGAAACUAUGUUGGAUGUUCACAGUCGUGAAGCACUCAUUAACUCAGAAGAAGAGAUACAGGAUGAAGGUAUUGUGAAGUCUGAGGGUGUCUCCAUCACAGUGGCUAAAGAUUCAUUUGAAUAUAUUAAAGAGGAAAUCAAAGUGGAUAAUAUUUGUGACAAGACUGAAAAUGCAACUGCAGAAGUAGUAACAGCAAAGCCAAGUUCAGUGGAAGCUCAGCUGAAUGACAAGUCAACAGAGGAUACUAUCUCAGAUGAUAGAGUAGAAACAAGUACAAGGGAGUCCAAUCCACCAGCUGAAGAAGUUGCCAGCAUGAAGCUUGAAAAAACUUCCUCUAACUUGCCAUCUCAACUCCUAAAUGUGGCUACCAAAAAUGAAGAGAAAGAAAGUGAAACUCUGGAAAAUCCAGAUGCAAAUGAAGUUGAGGAAACAAAAACAGCUUCUGAUGCAUUUUUUGAGUCCAAAUAUGAGGGUGUUAAAGAAACUGGUGAAACUGGGGAAAUCCUAAAAGUGGAGAAGCUGGAUGCAGCUGAUAUUGAAGAAAUGAAAGAAAUUUCUGAAAUAUCAUCUAAAUCUAAGGCUCUAGGUUUAGUAGAAGUUAGUGAAGAUGAAGUCAUUGCUGAUCAGACUCUUCCUGCAGGGAAUUUGGGAGAGCAACUUCAACCAUCUUCUUCAUUUCUUUCCAGGGAAGAGCAGCAUGGAACUACAGUCACAGUCAAGAGAACCGAAGAAGAGAACAUGAAAGAAGUUAAAACGCCAAGUGGUGAAGUACGAAAGGAAGAAGGUAGCACACUAGAUCAAGCUUCAAAAGUAGAGCCUCAUGUAAAAGAAGAGAUUAAAUAUGCUGAUUCUCCUUCAGAAACUGACGAAAUCAUAAAACUAACAAGACCAAUCCCCUCUAAUCUCAACUUUGGGAUAACUGAAAAGGCUUUCACUUAUGUGUCAGAGGUCCAGAGUCAUGAAGUACUCACCAAAUCAGAAGAUAUCAAUGAAAAGCAUCUCCAGACAGCAAUACCUGAUUUGAACACUGAAGAAAGUGAGAGUCAAUGCAAGAAAACAGUUGAAGCAAAUAAAAUAUUAAAGAACGAAGUUUCUAUUGAAGAGGUCACAGAGGAACAGGAAUUUGCCAAAGAUGCUAAAUCAGUUUCUCUUGGUGAAGAAACGAUUAUAGAGAGCCAUCAAGGAUAUGAAUCAAAAUCAGAAGAAUAUCCAGCAGAGGAGACAAAUAAAACAUGUAAAGCCACAACAGAUGCACAUCAGCAUGAAGCACUCAGGUUGUCUGAAAUAAUUGACGAGGGCAAUUUAAGUGAGGACAUUGCCAAGACGAUUCAAGUUGAAGAUAGAACUGUUGAGAAUGAGAAUGCAGCAGAGAGCUAUCUAGAUAAAGUACAGGGAGAGACUGUCAAGGAGGCAGCAAUGAAACUGGACCUUGAAAAUAAGAGUGGUGACACAAACUUCACAAAGGCAACAACGGAAGUCAUGACUCUCGAAGAAAAGGAGGCGGGCAUAGAGAUAUUGCAGAAAGAAGGCAAAUUGGGCAUUGCAGAAGUCAAAGAAAUCACUCAAAACAUUCAGCAGUUAGAGACGACCUCUUAUGCAGCAUCUGAAACAAAGAUUCCAGGAGAAGAAUGCCCCAGUGAGAACACAGGGACAAUCAUUACAACAGCCCAUGAAGAUGUUCAACCAGUGUUACAGCACCCAAUUGACAAAGCCUUGGAGAAAGUUGAACUAAAAGUUACAAGACCUGGAAAAUCUACAGAGGCUGAUGCAGAAGUGAGAGAGGUUGAAUGUGAAGGAGAAAAAAGAAUUGGUGAUUUGGGUGAAAUAUUAACUGAGAAGUCUACAUCAGAGGAUUCAGCUAAGAUUUCAUUAUCCGACCUCAUGCAUAGAUCCAAGAAAGAAAAUUUGCAAGUGACUAAAGACUUGACCAAGGAAAGAGAACCAGUCCCUAGCAAAGAAGAAAUGCAAAAUCAAGAAGCAGAAACCACAGUUGAUGAAACAAAAACAGAUGAAGAGGAAGGAGAUGAACACAAAAGGACAGACCCAGGCUAUGAUGCUCCGGUCAUGGUAGAAGCUGCUAAAGACAUUGAUGUUAAGGUUGUGCACAAGAAACAUAAUAUCCUAUCAGGAGUUGGCUCAAAGGUCAAGCAUUCACUUUACAAGGUGAAGAAGGCUAUUACUGGAAAGUCUUCUCAUCCAAAGACGACAUCACCAAAAUAAAAUACAAAAUUAGAUUAUUUUGGCAGUUGAAAGAAGUCAGAUGCAAAGAUAGUUAUAUGAAAGGGUUUGUUCUUAGUUUGAUGUCUUGAGGUUUGAGUGUGGUGUGUAUUUGUGCGGCUUGUAUAAGUUUUGAUUCAUUAUCUGUAUAUUCAAUCCAAUAAUGACAUGUUAGUGUAUAGCCAAUGUCCAUAUUGUAAAUAUAUUUUGCUCAAACAUCCAGACACCAUCACAUUGAUCAGUUUGAUUGCUUGUAUCAAGAAUUCUUGUUUCUAA